AUGGAUAGCGUCGGCGACGGCAUGCUUAAUUGCGAUUCGUUGAGCUCGUAUGGUCUCCCCCGAGCUGUGGAGGAAGACCUUCCAUCGUAUUACGAGCACCUCUCGCUCAGUCUCUUGGCUCCGGAAACCCCGGAGCGAGCUCCCAGUGCUCGAGGCAGACGGCGAUUGCAAACCUCGAUUCUCCCUUUACCAGAUCAUCUCUCCAGCAUCGGCGAUUUUCUGGAAGGCGUUGUCGCUUACGUCGAAGUCCGCUCGGAUCUGGGCGACCAUUCAGACGCUAUAGCAACUCUCCUCUACCGCAUGGGUGCAUCGAUUGUCCUCACUCUUUCAACGUCGGUCACUCAUGCUGUUUUGUGUUCGGCACGCCUCGCUACCGUACGUAAAGCGAAGUCGAUGAGCAUCCAGAUCGUAGCCGCACGGUGGGUGAUGGCAUGCAGGGAUCAACUGCGACGGGUCGAGGAAGAGGAUUGGCCCAUGCUGGCGAACACCGACGAUUUCCGAGGUCUUCGACAAUACCGUUACAAAGUUUCUGGCGUCAACGAUACGCCAUCCCCCAUGUCGGUUCGGAAUUUGGCGAUGCUGUCGAAGAGCAGGAGGCAGCGGUCUCAGAAAAUCGGAGACUCCCCGACGGCAUCACCCCACUCAGCAAGAUCCGCGUGGCAGUCUCCGAGAAAGAGUCUGAGGAGAGUAUUAUUUACUCGACCGGAUCUACGUGUUGCUCUGCCGAUACCGAGUGAAUCUGAAGGAAGAGAAGAGGAGGACGACGCAAGCAUGCUCAGCAUUCCCGAGACUCAAGAAAUCACCGAAGUACCAGAGACACAGAAUCCCAAUCUACCUGAAUCUUUCUUCGUACCGGAGACUGAUCCAUUGAUGUUUGACCGGGAUAUAGAUUACUUCGCGGAUGAUUCCUACCUCGAAGUACCCGAAACGCAAGGAAACAACGCUCCUUAUCCGGAUAUCGAUCUCCCUGACGUGGUUAGCUUGAAUGACCAACCCGCUAGGGAAGCUUCCGAACAGCAUGCCCCCGAUGCGUCCGAGCAGCCGAUUACACAAGAUCCGUCUCAGCGUAGGAAGAUCAUCGAGGACCUCUUCGCGCAGGGAAACUUGGACCUCGAAGAGAGUUUCAAUAGUCUCAGCGUUCAUGACAGAAGCGCGCCUCCUAACGGAAUGAUCUAUGAGCGGAAAGAAACGUCGGCAGAAAGCAUCGACAUGAUGAUUGAAGGAAAGGAACAGGAACCGUUGAGCGAUGAUAUCUCUCAGGAUAAGUCCUUCAGUUUCUGCCGGAGCACACACAUGGAGCUGACUCGAGUUGUUCAGAGCGCCCUUGGAAGGUCCGUUUCACGAGCUCCGGACGCGACCAUGGUGUUGACGCAGCCGGCCCCGAACGCCGAAAAUACCGCACGGAUACGAGAAUUGGAUCACGGAAUGGACGAACCGCCGCAGAUCGCUUAUGAUCAUGACCAUAUCAGUUCUUCCCUUGAACUAGUCUUACCCCAGGGAACUUCCCAAAGUCUCUCCUCCGAUGCCUCGCCGAUGACGGAGAACACGGCCCUCUACCUGGGAAGAGGGGAUAUCGUUCCGCCUGAUGACGAAGUCUCCAUGGAUUCGGGUGCUGUUUGUGACAGAUCGGAUAAGCUUAAUUUGUGUAGCGAGGAAAUCGGAAUUUGUAACUCGACCGGAGACGAAAUGAUCAUGUCGCACGAUAGUCAUGAGAAGCGUCAGAGGCGACAGGUGCCCGAAUCGAGCUCCACGAGUUUUUCGUUCUCGGGGGAAAACACGAGGCGUGACAGCAGCGGGGCGGUAGCUCAGCGCCAAAGCGUAGAGAGCAUGAAUCGUCAACAUUCUGAAGUCUUCACGCCAAUCUCGGAUAGACUUCAAGCUAGAGUCAGCGGGGUGUUCUCAGACGACAACUCGCCCUGUAUCGACACCCGGAGGACCAUUGUCUUGACCGGUUUCAGAAAUAAGCGCUCGAUCUCUAAAGGCCUCAAAGACCUAUCGCGGAGACUGGGCCAUUACGAUCUCGCUAAUGAGGUGGGGAACGUCCGGACAAGCGACGAAUCGAUGUUUAAUAAUAUACUAUGAUCUGUAUACUCAUCAAAACUCUUGUGGGCCCAGGUAACGACCCGUACGGAAGUUAUUGUGAUCGAAGAACACAAGCGGACUCUAGCUGUUCUUCUCGGCAUUUCAUGGGGUUGCUGGUUCGUUUCUCCGAAAUGGGCCACUGAAACGAUCAAAGUUGGGCGAUGGCUUGAUUUCGGAAAAUUUGAAGUCAGAAAUUUCUUGGCCCCAAUGUUCGUGAACCGGGAAGCACGCAUGAGCCUGGUCGACUCGGACAAAAUAAACAUAUUCCGUGAUAUGAAAGUAUUCGUUUCUCGACGAGAUUCGCUCAAACCUUCGGCGGACGCAAUACAGCGUAUGAUUCUACAAGCGGGAGGAAAGGUUGUCUUCGAUUCUCGCCAAGCGCAGGUCUUCGUGGGACUGUCGAAGCCGAAGAGAAAGCUCAGCUGUCAGAUGGUGACGCCCUCCUGGAUUGUUGAAAGUAUUUCAGCAGGACAGCUCCAGCCCUAUGAUGAAUUCCGCUUGUAGCUAACCGGUUUGAUGACUGAGUAUUCUUGGUCAGCCGACAACCCUUUCGCGGAGAGACCUCAUUGGAAGCUCAUUGAAGAUUCGGAAGGGAACGAAUGGUGAUUGAGCGAUCCUGGAACAACGCACAUGGAGACUAGACACCGUAAAUCGGUUGUAUUAUACCUUUAUGGAAUAAAAAUCGGAUAUCGACAUCUACGAUACAAUAGAA